AUGCAUCAGUCUCUGCAAACAAGAUAUACAGAGCACAUCAUUCUGCAUAACCUUCCUCAAAAGCUGUUGCUCCAGCCUGAGCCACCUCUGAACCUUGAUCAGUGUCAAGAAACUUGGAUGAAGAAGGAAGAACGUUUCCCAAACACCAAAUCCAAAUUCUUUUCUGUUCCUCAGAGAAUGCCUGUUCCACAAAAAAAGAAAAGAAGGAUCCACAAAGAUAAGCCAAAAAGCCACAAACAGUCAAGUCCUGAGCCAAUGCAGCUUCCUGCAGAGGCACUCCCUGUAGAGGAAGAGAUUGACAUGUUAUGGACAAAACCGCACAAUGAACUGGUUGUAGCCAUUGUGAAGUCUGAAGAUCAGAAUCUGGAGUUCCUGUUACAUCACAAGGAGUUCCUAACACUGAAGCCGCAUGACUGGUUAUUUGGAGAGACGAUCGAGUGCUAUUUAAGAGCUGUACUUAAUGCAAAGGGUGCAAAUAUCUACCAGCUAAGCCAUUACACCACAAGUGUCAUUUUAAAUGGCCCAGAAGACCAGGUCAUACAACAAGGUUUGAAAAAAGUCAACUUUGAGAAAUAUGAUGGGGUCAUCUCUGUUGUAAAUAUCAGACACGUGCACUGGAGGUUUGUGGGAAUAUUUCAGGAAGAGAGGAAACCAGCACGGAAGAAAAGACUGGGUGGACACUAUGUAGAAGCCUGGGACAAUACACCAUUCGUUCCAGGAGGAUGCUUUCAGCUGUGGUGUCUUUGUGAUGCAGAUGGCGAAGCAGGUGGUGGAACACUUUCCAAACAUUCCUGA